AUGGCCCCUACUGCUCUGGAACACGAGGACGUUGCGCGCGAUGCCGCAUUCAACCAGGCUAUGCACGGCAAGUCGGCCAAGGUCCGCGGCGGUCUGACUGCCAUGCACGGUAAGGACUCUGCUGCCCAGAAGGCCGCCGUCGACGAGUACUUCAAGCACUGGGACAACAAGGGUCACGUCGAGGAGACCGCCGAGACUCGUGAGGCCCGUCGCAAGGAAUACGCCACCCUGACUCGGCAUUACUACAACCUGGCCACCGACUUCUACGAGUACGGCUGGGGUACCUCCUUCCAUUUCUGCCGUUUCGCCUACGGGGAGCCCUUCAACCAGGCCAUCGCCCGCCACGAGCAUUACCUCGCCAUGCAGACCGGUAUCACCGAGGGCAUGAAGGUUCUGGAUGUGGGCUGCGGCGUCGGUGGCCCUGCCCGUGAGAUGGUUAAGUUCACUGGUGCCCACGUCACCGGUCUUAACAACAACGACUACCAGAUCGACCGCGCUACUCACUACGCCGUCAAGCAGGGCCUGACGGACAAGAUGGCCUUCGUCAAGGGUGAUUUCAUGCAAAUGAAGUUCGCGGACAACACCUUUGACGCCGUCUACGCAAUCGAGGCCACCGUUCACGCUCCCGAGCUGGUUGGCGUCUACAGCGAGAUCUUCCGCGUGCUCAAGCCCGGUGGCACCUUUGGUGUCUACGAGUGGCUCAUGACCGAUGAGUACAACAACGACGACCCGGAGCACCGUCGCAUUCGCCUGGGCAUCGAGCAGGGUGACGGUAUCUCCAACAUGGUCCGCAUCUCUGAGGGCGUGCAGGCUAUGCGCGACGCUGGCUUCGAGCUCCUGCACAACGAGGAUCUCGCGGCUCGCCCCGACGCUACUCCCUGGUACUACCCUCUGGCUGGUUCUUUCAAGCACAUGGGCUCCAUGUGGGACUUGUUUACCAUCGCCCGCAUGACUUGGUGGGGCCGUGGUAUUGCCCACCGCUUCGUCGGUGCCGGCGAGACCAUCGGCCUGUUCCCUAAGGGCUCGCAAAAGACCGCCGACAGCCUGGCUUUGGCUGCAGACUGCCUGGUGGAGGGUGCGCAGAAGAAUCUCUUCACGCCCAUGUACCUGAUGGUCGGCAAGAAGCCCGAGUAA